UCAGUUGGAGGGGGUAACAACCCAACCCCAAUCACCCCCAUGGAGGCAAACGCGGGAAAGGGAGAAAUGUUGGCGCCACUUAUUCUUUCAUCAUACUUCAGCGAAUGAAGUCCUGCGAAGCAUUAUCACGAGUUACUCAAACAUUCAGUGCACUAUCCUGUUACUUUCCUGAUACUACAGAAUGUAUCAAUGACCUGUAAAAUAACCAGGUGCAAAUGAUGUUUAAACCCUUUAUCUAUAACCUUUUAUCGACCAGUGAGGAGAAUUUAUUUCAUUCAAAAAUUCUUAAGGGUCUUUACCACAAACCUGUCAUACGGUUCCGUCAUCAUUUUUCCUUCUCUUUUAUGGGUUCAUUUCCCCCUUUUUCUUUCUUUCUGCCUAUCCAUCACUGAUCACGUUUAAGCCGUGAUUCAAAAGGGGGUUGUCGGUCAUAGAAAGUGGUAAUUUGAAAGAAGUCUUCUAAACAUGGGGAAGUAUCUGAUCGGAUAUUUUACACUUUUGCUCUUAAGAUUUUCUCCUGGAUGCAGUGGUGGAGAGGUCCAGGCUGAUCAUGCUUGUCCAACGGGAUGGGACAAUCAUCUCACCCGAUGCUAUUGGUACCUUGAUACCCAAAAGGUCUCAUGGGACAGAGCCAACGAGGACUGCCAAGACAUCGGGGGCUACCUCUACGUUCCAAGCAGCGAUGUGGAAGGCAUCUUCGUGCAGCAAGCUCUCGAGAAACGCGACUCGUUCGCCUCCAUUUCGGAGGGGAUCUGGAUUGGGUGUGACGACAAGAAAGACGAAGGCACGAUCAUUUGCCAUGAAGAGGGUGGUGAUACCGGAUACAGACACUGGGCGUUCGAAGAACCUAAUGACAGCUGGAAUUUGAUUUGGGGAGAGGACUGCAUUGCUGUUUACACCGAUAGACCCAACAACUCAGUCGUGCCGCUAUGGAACGAUAAGGCCUGUAAUGAUGUCUGGUACCAUGCUGUCUGUGAACGUUCUGCCACCAAUCUUUACACCAUGACUCGGAAGUUCCAGAUGCCUAGCGACACUACCACGGGCGGUACUGCCCGGGUGAUCCCUGACUACUGCCUCGUUAAGCAACCAGAUCUCAAGCCUAAAGGCACCCAAACCGCGAGCCUGAUCAGGUGCGCUGCAUCAUGCGCAAAUGACUCUGAAUGUGAAGCCUUUAAUUUCUUCCGCAAACUUCAACGCAAUUCUACGACAACAAGGAAAUUAAAGGGAACUUGUCAGAAGCUGACGUUUACUACAAAGAAUAUCGAAUCGGGGUUUGUCAUGACGCCCAUAGAUGGUUGCAAUUACUAUGAACUUGAUUGCCGGGUGUGAAACCGUCGACCCCAAGGAGAUUGAACAGUUCGGAAGUAGCCUAGAUACAUGUAAAUGUUAUCCAAAGUCACAUGGGUGUAGAAGCUAAUCGUCUUGUAUUAGUUUGUGACAAAUUUGUAAUUUAAAUGCUCAUGAAUCACCAUAAUAUUAUAUUUUGUUUCAUAUAAAUGUUCAUGAUUUUGAUUGCAUGUUUGAAUACUUAAUCUUCAAAAGCAUGUUAUUUAUCUG